AUGCAUAACCCAAACACCUCGUCCUCUUCAGCUCCGAUCAUCAGAGUAUCAUCAGCAGAUGCAUUGACAUCAUCUCGAAACAAUCUUGACCAUUCAUCCAUUUGCAAUCAUGGAAUUUCCAAUUUGUCUUCACCCACGUUACUAUCAUCGAGCGCGAAUUCUUCUUCAACCGCCACCAUUCCCAUGACAUUGACCAACCCUCUCACGUAUGCAAACCAUACACAAAUCUCUUCAUUUCCAACGAGUGGUGGUGGUUUGCUCAUCUCUUCUUCCAAACAAAAAUCAUCUCCUUCUUCCCCACAUGUGGCGCACCCAUCAACCAAACAAAAUCUUCUUUCUCCAUCCUAUUCUUCAUCGUAUCAUUCUCCGACCACUCCACCCUCUCCUUCUCAUCCGAAUACGGAUGAUGAAUCAGCAUCAGAUCAACAACCUAAUAAUUAUAUCAAAUCACAACGUAAGAAAUCUCUCUUCAGUAAGAGGAGAAGAAGUACAGUGAAAUAUACAAAUUCAGUCAUUCUCAUGAAGAAUGAUGUUUCCGAGAGGAGAAUUACAGUUCAUGGAAAUGGAUUUCAAAAUACAAAAUAUUUAUUUGAAAAUGAACACUCGGUACUCCAUUGUACGAUCACAUUAUUACCUACUGAGAUUAUUGAAAAAAUUGUAAUCUAUUUAGAUGUAGACUCUAUAGUUCGUGUCACACAAGUUUGCAAAAUGUGGUAUAAAGUUUUUCAAGAUGAUGAAAUUUUAUGGGAACAAGUUUGUACCAUUAAUUAUCCAAAAGAGACACAAACACUACGAAAAUUAUAUAAUAGAAAAAACACAGUAAGACGGUUCAGAGAGAUAUUUUUUGAAACCUUUCACAAUGACAAGUUACUUUUGAAAACUGGAAUUUUUGAGAACAAGAAUAUUAAAUUUAAAAAAUCGCCGUGGAGCAAGGAAGAUUAUCUUUUCAUACAUAAUAAUAAUAAUGGAAGUAACAGCCACACAGAAGAAUCCAAUGGAUCAGCAUCACAUGGAAUAGUAAAUCCCUUGAUGCCCAUUAAGGUUGUUGUGGUUGGUGAUGGUGCUGUUGGAAAAACAUCUCUGCUAGGAAGGUUUGCAAAUGAUGAAUUUAUUUCGGAUCAAUAUUUACCGACAAUAUUUGACAAUUACACAACGUAUGCGACAGUUGAUAACAAAACCUGGGCCGUGACAAUUAUUGAUACAGCAGGAUCUGAAGAUUAUGACAAGAUUCGCCCACUCACUUACACAGGAGCUGACAUAUUUAUCCUGUGUUUUGAUUUAGUGAAUUCUUCAAGCUUUCAAAAUGUCACAAAUAUUUGGCUGAAAGAGCUUAAUACUCAUGCUCCCAAUGUACCUAUCUUAUUAUGUGGUACAAAGUUAGAUUUGAGAACGACAAGGAACGAAAAGGACUCUCAUGAAUCGUUGAAGUAUUUUAUACACUCUCAAUUUUCUAAAUAUGGGAUAGUUACUUUUGAUGAGGGUGUGGAACUUUCAAAAAAGAUCACCAACUGUGUGGGUUAUGCAGAAACAUCUGCAAAGUCUGGCCAAGGUGUGAAAUCAUGUAUCAAGACAGCAAUUUCUUGCGGUUGCAAAUACUCCCUCUCUCAAAUGGGGAAGUUUUUAUCGAAAUCUUCCAGCACAUCUCCUUCCAGCGACAGCGGUAGUUCUUCAGGAAAAAGAAACAGUAAGACAAACUGUAUUAUUCAAUGA